GUAACUUAGAGUUCCUUUCACGUUGUGAAUGUUACACAUUCGAAAUUCUCCUUUACAUCUUGUUUCGAUUCCCAGGUUGGUGUAUCACCGAAAUCUAUUUUUUUCCAUACAUUCGUUGCACUUCUUGUUGCAUAUCUGCAGUUCAGCAUUAACAUCGUCGUUUGAUCCAAAUGGAGUAAAUAAUGGUGUUAAAUUACACUAUGAGAGAAGGAGAAACAGCUAGCACCAGUGUUCCAAGUUUGUGCUUAGAUAAUUGUCCGAGCUCUGAGGAUGAACCAUUGUAUACUGUUGCCAAAGGAGGGGAAUAUUCCGCCCGCUCAGAUUCAACAAUUAGCUGGGGAACAGAAUCGUCGGAAAACUCAAGUCGUAAUUUGUCUAUACGUCCAGCUGUAUAUCCACCUUGGGCAACACAUCUGCCAUUAACGUCUUUCAACAACACGGAAAGCAGAGAAGUAGUACGCACUUCUGAGGAUAACGAUGAAGAUUUAUCUUCGUCAUGUGGCGAUAUUACUCAGCGCAUGUGUUCCGAUCUCGAAAAACUGUGGCGAAAAGAAUCAGCUUGUAAAGCCCCUGAAUGCGAGAAUACCACUCCAAGAAAUCAAACAUCACGUAGUUUCAGUAGUAUGGUUACACCUAAGCAGUUGAUUGACUACUCAAUCCGUCAGGCACCAGGUCUUUCAAGACCAAGCAAUCAAUAUUUAGAUCAUUUAAAAAUUAUUAAUGAUGUUCAAACUAAUUUCAAAAAUAGAAUUUGGUUUACUGCACGUCUCCUUGUGUUUAAUAUGGAUGAUAUAUCAAAUGAAAAACAAUUUAGACAGACAAGCGAUAUGGAUUGGACUAAUUCAUUAUCUUCAUUUGCUUUACGUAAAUUCAUUGGAAUAGCCUUUCCAAAUGAUUCUACAUGGGCCUUAUAUGAAGAUCAUAAGAUAGGAGUUAGUUCUAAACCAUUACCAUUUCUACGUCGAUCAUUGUAUCACUGUGUAUGGGGAGCAAGGAAUGGUCAGGUGUAUUUACCAGAAAUUGAUUUUUUCCCUGGAGCAAUAUUAUUUAUUCGUUAUUCAGAUAACCAUAAUCCACCUAAUCCAUUAAAACAGUUUUUGCAUCACACUGGAAAUAUUCUUCGCAUUCUUAUCACUGGAGUAGAUCGACUAAGUAAACUUAAUGCAAUUGAAUCAGAAUUAUCAAGACAGAAGGUACCCAAAGAACAGUGGUUUUCUGUAAUGGCAAAACUUCAUGUCGCACGUUUAUUAAUCAGGCCGAGAUAUAUGAUGGAGUUGUUUAAAUUACAAUGUUUAUGGCGUCAAGAGUUACGAAAACGUAAUAGUCCCAUUGAAGCCUACUUAAAUUUACAUUUAUACUACCGAAACUAUAUAAAAAGUAACAAACAGCUGAUGGGUGAUACUACUACUAAAAAUAACAAUAACCUUUCAAAAGAAGACGAAUUAAAUAUAAAGAAACAGUUAAUUCGUAAAAUAUUCGAGGAUGGCUUAAUAUGGUUUAGACUUUCAGGACUAGACAAAACAGAGAACUUAGAUUUAUUAUGGAACGCGUUAGAGGCUCAUUCAGGUUUCAAUGGAAUUAUGCAUUUCGCAGAUUACAUUUCACUUGUUUUUGGAGAAUUACCUGAAUUUCAUCGUACACUAGUUAAGAAAGUAUUUUUAAAAAUGGAUCCAAAUCGACUUGGUCAUAUCCAAUUACUGGAUAUUAAACGAUUUUUCAAUACUCCUAAAUGGGCUGUGAAUCAACUGGGUACUAAUAUAGCUCAUUCACUACCGGAUGUUUUGAAAAUUUUCGAAAAAUUCGUUCAUGUUCAAAAACGCCUAGAGUAUACAGAAUUCGAAGUAUAUUAUCAAGCUAUUUCGACUACUUUAGGAGAAUGUCCUGUUGAUCAGUUAAGAUUAGAUGCAGCUUAUAUGGAUUUAUGUUCAUUGCUUCCAUCAAGUGAGUGCGCUCAAAACUAUUUUCUAGGUGAAAACAUAAAUGAUUCCUGUGAUACAUUUAUAAAAUUAAUACAAGAUACAUGGUGCAUUUGAUUGUCUAUGCUGUGAUAAUGAUGAUCAUGAUAAACGCAUAGAAUAAUUCAGACAAACUUGCUUCCACAUAUUUAUAUUUAAACAUGCAGCUGUCACUAAUUGUUCUAUAUAACGUUGUGUUUUCAUCUACAUAAUUUGUUUUUUAAUCUUUUUUAUGAAGUUAUGAUUUUGAUAUGUUCGUAAUAAAUUUGGGAUUUUUGU